UGGCGACUGAUUUGUUAGUAUCGCUCAGACGGAGGGUGUACCGGUCGAUAUUCUAGGCUAUCAAGUUUGAAGAGUGUGGGUUUCCAAAAUUCAGCGCUUUCUAUACUUUUCAAAAUGCUUUUAUGAAUUGACUUCUCACGUUAUAAAGCGAACGGUUCCAGAGUAGCGAGAUUUAUUUUCAUUUGCGCCGGCUCGGAUUGAAAGAGCCAUAUAGGCAUUCAACGUGCUUAUUUGUAAAAGCAUAAGCCUAUCUGCCAUAUCGUCUCCAUUUGAACUGAGACAUGGGAUUGUUUGGACUUUCACAAUCUCACUGAUGUUCUUGGAUAAGACCUUUACACGGAUAACUUCUCCACAAUUUUGCAUGGUGCUUUACCGGCAAGGAAGAAUGGCGCGAUAAAGUGAUUUUCAGAGAAAUCAAUCGAAGUACCUAUUUUGUGUACACUGUUGGCUGAUGAUGUACUCUCCAAUUUGUCUUACUCAGGAUGAAUUUCAUCCCUUCAUCGAGGCACUUCUCCCUCAUGUCCGUGCCAUCGCCUACACGUGGUUCAACCUCCAGGCGAGGAAACGCAAGUACUUCAAGAAGCAUGAGAAGCGGAUGUCCAAGGACGAGGAGCGUGUGGUCAAGGACGAACUGCUCAGCGAGAAGCCCGAGAUCAAGCAGAAGUGGGCCUCCAGGCUCCUCGCCAAGCUCCGCAAGGACAUCCGUCAGGAGUACCGCGAGGACUUUGUGCUCAGCGUGACAGGCAAGAAGCACCCGUGCUGUGUCCUCUCCAAUCCUGACCAGAAGGGCAAGAUCCGGCGGAUCGACUGUUUGCGGCAGGCCGACAAGGUGUGGCGCUUGGACCUGGUCAUGGUCAUCCUGUUCAAAGGCAUCCCAUUGGAAAGUACAGACGGAGAGCGCCUCAUCAAGUCGUCGCAUUGCACCAACCCAACACUUUGCGUCCAGCCGCAUCACAUAACAGUGUCGGUCAAGGAACUGGACUUGUUUCUAGCAUACUAUGUCCAGGACCAAGACUCACAGCAGUCAGGAAGUCCCAGUAACAAUGAGCCAGGCAAGAACCCAGUUUACUUGGAAGACAGCUUCAUCAAAUCAGGAGUCUUCAGUGUUUCAGAGCUGGUGCGGGUGUCCAGAACGCCCAUUACCCAGGGGGCAGGGGUGAACUUCUCCAUGGCCGACAUGCCAAGUCAGCCGUACUACCAUGACCUGAACUCCAGCGUGGGCCUCCAUCGCUCCCUCUCCUCCCCGCCUGGCAGUAAGCGGCCCAAGACCCUCAACAUAGACGAGAGUAUGGAGACCAGUCCCACUGGCCCUGACUUCUAUUCCUCACCUAGCUCCCCAGCUAGCGGCAGCAGGACCUGGCACGAGAGAGAAGACAUGUCGUCUCCCACCAUGAAGAAGCCAGAAAAGCCCUUGUUCAGCCCCAACUCCCCGCAGGACUCCUCCUCCAGACUGAGUACUUUCCCCCAGCACCACCACCCCGGACUCCCAGGGGUCGGACACAGUGUUAUAUCGACGAGGAGCCCUCCACCCCACUCCCCCCUUCAGUUCUCGGCCAUCUUGCCCCCUGCCCCGUCACCCUACUUCUCUCACCCCACCAUCCGCUACCCGCCCCAUCUCAACCCCCCUGACUCACUGAAGAGCUACGUGCCCAGCUACGACCCGUCCAGCCCACAGAGCAGCCAGCCUAACAGCAGUGGCCAGGUGGGGAAGGUUCCAGGCCACUUCACCCCAGUCCUGGCCCCCUCUCCGCACCAUGGCACAGUGCGACCCGUCUCUCUCUCCAUGCCCGACACCAAGCCCAUCACAUCAGAAGGUGAGUACAACGGAUACUCAGCACCGGGCACCCCCACAGCCAAUCGUUUUGUAGGACUGAGCCCUAGAGAUCCGGCCUUCCUUCACCAGCAACAGCUGAGGAUAUGUGACUGGACCAUGAAUCAAAACAGCAGGCAUUAUGGCCCCAGUGGCACUGAGGAUACUUUGGGGAUUGCUUGGCAAAGUCCUGGUACCUGGGCGAGCUUAGUUCCAUUCCAAGUCACGAACGGGACUCCGAUUCUGCCAACAAAUGUCCACCAGAACUACAGCAUAAACAUCAUUGGUGAGCCUCCCCUCCUCCACACAGAGGCAGAGAACUGAAGACCCGUCGGGGGUGGGGGGGGGGAGAGAAGUGUCGGCAACGGGGGAAAUAAUCAGCAAGCAGCACUUAAAACAAUUGCGUUUGUCCUUUGUCCCCCCCCCCCCCCCCCCCCCUGCCCUCCACCCUUUCCUCCCCAAACCCCUCCCCCCAUCGGGACAUUGGCCAAGAAGAGUUGGUUUGGAGCGAAUCUGAUCCGGUCCGCUCUAGCUUAACCCUAUGCCAUGCCAGUUAGUCAUUGUGUGAGAAGAGCCUUUCCAUUCAAAAUGCUGUGACGUAUUCUGUACAAAAACAUUUAGAUGCCUUAAUAUUUAGCAUGACAACUCUUAGUCUGACGGUGGUGGUCUUCUUCUUCAUUCUAUUGUUGGGAGUUUUUAACCUUGGUUUACAAACAGGGGAAGUGAUCUGAAACACACAAAGGCUGGCUGGUAGUAGAUUACCCGACUGUAAGUUAUUCAACUCUGACCUUUACCCCUUCUGCAGAAGAGGCUCCCAUGUCAAACUAUUGACUACGUAACCAUAGGAACAAAUUGUGAAUUCAGUGUUUUUUCUUCUUCUUUGAUUUCAAUUUACUGUGAUACAAUUUUGAUUUUGUCUGAAACUCGUUAUCCUGUUGAUUCUGUACUGCUAUCCACUUAAAAGUUAGUUAUACUCCUUAGAGUUGUGAACUCUUACUAUGGUAAAAAAGAAGAGAAAGACACUAUAUUUUUAGGUUAGAGAUUUGACCCGUUUUUUAAAGAAUUCGUAUCUCCUUUAGAAAAGGAUUUAAAAAAAAAAAAGACAAAAAAUGAUCUAAAAAUCUCGAAAGAGGCAAGUGCAAUUGAAUUUUUGAAGGGAAGCUAUGUCUGUCAGCCCUAAGACUCUAAAAGAAAGGGAGGGUAAAUAUGAAACGUUGUUGUUUUAAAUACAUAAACGUAAAAAAGGUUUAAAAAAACAAACAUUUGAUUUGAUUUCAGUCGCAUUUCUGUGUAUCUAAAUAUGGAAAGUAAAGAAUACUAAGCCUGAAAUGCAGUAAUGUGUUUGAAGGUGCGCAUUAAAGCUACCUGUGCAGAACUGAAUAUGAACAAGACAGCACUUCUAUUAAGCCCUACUCAGUCUCAUGGGGAGCUUUUUAUUUAUUGUGAGAGAAAAAAAAAGACAUUUAAAAAUCGUUUUUUUAUUGAAACACACGUAGUGUAUAAAAUGGCAUCUGAAAUCAAGAACAUAUGCAUUUGGCCAUCGGCUUAUGAAGCUUGUGUUUAUAAUAUGACUUGACGAGGGAAAAAAAGAAGAAGAAUGCAGGCUGUUAAAGUCAUUCAUAAAAAUGUGUCACAAAAAAAUCUACACUUUUGUGCAACCCUGAACCUUCAAGGUUGCAGAGGGUUGCACAUUUUGCUUCUUGAACACUCACAUCCCAGAUACAGUGGUGUCAGUCCCUGAAAUCUAGAAUUGUGCACGGCAGGUCUAUUGCCUUGGCCUCUCUCCAAGUCCAGAUAUAUUUCUAUGACAAAUCUCUCCAAUACUCUUAAUUUGCACGAUGACAUACUAGUCCACAUUACGUGCCUUGCCUUUUGAACAUAGAGACAUCACUACACUUGUUUUAUUGCUGCAUUUAUUACCAUUAUAGAAAAGAAAUUAACAUUUUUAUGAUAAGAUAAUUGUUUUGUACUCUGAAUGACAAUUGUGACAUUGUUGAUUUGUAACUUUUUCAUUUACUACUUUAUCUCACAGUUACGUUGCAUAUCAAGGCUGUGUAUCGUCGCCGUUUUAAAGUUUAUAAUCAACCAUCAUUAUUUUUCAGUAUUUUCGGUGGUUUUUUAAUAACCUUUAAUUUUUGUUAUUGUUUUUGUCAUUUCGUUUUUUUGUUUUUCAUCUUCCAGUUACUAUCGGGGAGGGAGGAAUUCAGAUGUAUGAAAAUUAUGCAAUACCAACUUUUGCCUAUGUAGGUAGUGCUUAUAGAUACGUCAACUAUUAGAGGCUAGUUUGGAGACUAUUGUAAUGCAUCUAUUUUGUUGAUAUUGUUGUUGUUGUUGUUGUUGUUUUCCUUUUUUAAUUGACCAAAGUGGGGACUGCUUUCGAUGCAGUGUAUGACAAGGUCUUUGUUAGUGUACUGAGAGAUGGAGAGACAUGUUUCAGUGUGUUUUGAAUUCUUGGUGGGGGAGGGAGGGGGUAUUUUUUCGAACCUUACAGUUUGUCUGUAAAGAAUGCACCCAUUGGUCUCAUAUGGCUGCAAAGUCACUGAUCUGUCUACUGUGACAAAAUGUACUCUUUUUCUUUCAACUUCCCAUCUGGGGUGCUAGCAUGUGAGAUUGACUAAGCUCGUUCUCACAGGAGAGACGGCUUGACUUGAGUGUGACAAUCAUUUAACAAAAAAAAAAAUCAUAAUAUUCACAUGAACCUUAAUCAGGCCCGCAAUUUCAAGCUGAAAUCAUACCGCGUACUUGUGAAAAGCCAACACUUUGCUCAUAGCGCUUGUACGCAGGAAGCUAUAUUAGCAUUAACCCUUAACAAUCAUCUGUGCCAUUCUAUCAGUCGCUGUGUGCAAUUCCCAAGUAGAUGCCUUAAACUAUAUAUAAAGUUACCUGUUACACAUGUGCUACAAUCAACAAACCGACAAACGCUUGUGAGACCGGUCAAAUCAGAAUACAGGAAGUAUUUGGAAGAAAUCAAAUUUAUGCACUAGAUCUGUAUAAAUCCCAGGGAUAACUCUACCCAUUUGGGGGGAGUUAUUUUAUCGCUAUAGGGAGCCUUGUAUUUUAUCAUGUAAUAAGCUAUGGACUACAGAGGAAGGAUAUCUACUAUUUUCCUUGUACUCUUGUAGGGCCAGAAGAAGAAGAACAAAAAUGGAGCCCUUGCAUAAGCACAUAGGCAUUGGUUAAUCGUCUUCCCCAAGUGUGUUGUGUCAAAUAUAUAACUCGUUCAUAAUAAAUAAUAUAAUAAAUAAUAAUAAAAGAUAAAAAGUGGUACAUAUAAGAAACAAAAUCAAAAUCUCAGGCAUUAUGGGGCAUUAAGAAUUCCAAUGAUUACUCUCCCACUUUGUAUUAUGAUAAACUACUUUUAGAACUCAAAUAGACACUUUCCACAUUGAUGUUUUGUUACCUGUUUUGUUACCUGCCAGAAAGUAUAUAAAACGUAUUAAACUCAAGUCAAGCUUAUUCUCUCCUCCUUCACCCAAGACACUUAUUCUGAUUUUGUGAAGAAAGAAAAAAAACAUGACAAAAACAAAAGCCACCCCCCGUUCUAUGUGCACUGUUCUGCCUUUUUUUUGAGUGAAAACGUAAGUGCUUUGCAGCCUCUGGAGACCCCACUGAAGGACAUUUUCCCUGAGUCAAGUGUGAUAGAAACGUGUCAGAUGCGGUGUUGAAAAUUUGGGUAGAAGACUGUGUGUAUAUAAAGGUGAAUACUGUGGUGGCGUCGAUAGCAGUAGUCCUUUGGGGUCCGUUUGUGGGUAAUGUGUGUUUUGAGAAUGUGUGAGUAUGUGUGUGUGUGUGUGUGUGUGCUUGUAAGAGAGAAUGUAUGAGGGAUAGAGAGGGUGAAACUACACAACGAGCGAAGAUGAGGGUAUUUCUAUUGAGAAGCCUGCCUUAUAGGCAGGAGUUUGUACACUGUAGUCUUUUUCAAGAUUUUUUCUUUGACGCCCUUGUUUGUAAAUGUUUUCAAACAUCUUGGGGAAUAUGAGUCAAUUCCAUUUUAUGAAAAAAAUAAAAAACAAUAAAUUGGUUGCGGAGGCAGGACUUGAGUUACAACUCUCCAGCUUUCCCCAAAUAAUCGAAAAUAAAAGUAUUUUAUCAAUUUUCCAUAUUCCUGUAUUUAGGGGAAGUAUCCUAUACAGAACCCUAAAAUGUAAAAAAAUAUAUAUGUUUUUUUUAAAUUGUGUUUUAGUGCUUAUAAACUUUCCAUUUUGGAAACAUUUCAGUAAUAUUUUAAAUUCUUGUUUUUGUUAGUGUGGCCAUAGUACAGAGUGUGAUGUGAUUAUGAGGUUUUGAAUCCAUGUCAGAGAGCGAGAGAAAUAGAGGUUUGAUUGGCGUUCUAUGUUUAACGGUAGGGGAUAUCUAUUCAUGUCACUUUACAAUAAAGUCACCUGAUUUGAGCCUACCACCAGUGAAUACCAGGGUAACGUCUUAAGUGACAUCAUAGGUUGUUCUACUGUGCUAAAGUGUGUUGUGUCAAUCGUACGUAAGUCCUCCUUUAGAAAUGUGCCGUAUAGCGUUUCGCUCAGAAAAAUCGUAAUUACAGGAUGAUGCAACAAUCCGUGAGAAGUUUGGCGCUAGCAUUUGACAAUGUUUUGAUAUGUCUAUUAGGGUUUUGGAACAGGCAUGUGUAUGGAACAUCAAGCAAGUAAUUCCGCUGUGAGGAUUGGGUGAUGUAAGUCCUUUGUGGCCCCCAGGCAUCACACAUUUUUGCACUUUCCAUAAUUUAACCUACAUUUGAUUCAAGCCCUUCAAGUACUCGUAUAGAAAUUGCCCUUAGAUUCUCCAGACCUUUUAUAUCAGUGUUUCACUCAUGGUAUAUCUUUCAUAGAUGCACAGGUAUUGACAGUUUUUUUUGUUGCACACAUUUUUUAAGGUAAUAUUUAUUUUCAAAGGGCUACUUUAAUUUGAUCAUCUCUGGACAGUAUGUACACAGGUGAAACCAUUUUCACAGAAUGACAUGUAGGCCUACAGAUAGGAAAGGCUUGGUAGAGAUGAGUAAUAUUCAGUUAUGAUUGUUGAAAGCUAUCCAUGGUCAACCGUUCAGUUAGUACCUUAUGCAAGGAGGACCAGUGGCAAUCAUGCAAUAUCUGUGUAGUUCUAGUUACUGAAUGUUUAGUGCUCUAGGGUCUAAGAGGACAGAUGGAUGGCCGAAAACGCUUUCAGGAGGUGUGUUUUUACGCAAGCAAUAGACGUGUUCCAUGUAUUGAUUAUUAACAUCAGGUUGUUGUUGUAAGCAGGAAACAUAAAAACCAGCAUUUUAUGUAUUAUUAAUCACCAAACAAAAUAUAUUAUUAAUUCAGUGCCUGUUCAAGCUCACCGUGUCAGUGGAGUGUCCAUUGUUAAUAAAUCUGAAAUCUGAAAAAGUUCAACAACUUAAAAUGAAGCGGUAUGUUUGGGGUGCCUUGGCGUGUUCUCCCAAAUCUUUUGUUGUUUUAGUUUGAGAUGUGGCUUCACAAGAGCGUUUUUUUUUGUGCUUCAUUCAUUUGAAGGUCUUGGUCAACUGGGUGCACACGUCUCAUGCUUGCUCUUUGAGGGGGGAAAACUAUGUGUACAUGUCAUUUGGACAGUGUAUUUAUUUGGAUUGUCAAUUGCUACAUUAUGUAAACUAAUGUCAUUUAGAAACGAAUGCUUGCAAACUUCUCCGCAGGGUUGACUUCUUAUGGGUCUUGUGGCACUUUUACUCCCUCUGCGCACACAUUAUUACGAUGGCGAAUCACUUCAAGGAGAAUUAAAAAACACAACAACAACAACAACAACACCAACAAAAUAAUGUAACAGUCUCCAGUAGUGAAUUGUAGUAACACUGCAGGUGUGUGCAAAAGGUCUAUGUAUGUAUUGAAUGUAUGUUUUAGAGAACUUUUGAAAUCUUUUUGUUUAUAUCUUGUUAUUUUACAGUUUAGGAACCACAGGUAUCCGUUGUGAACUGUAUAGCGAAGGCCUUGAUAUCCCUUCUUUUUUAAAAUUGAUUUUAGAACAUUAAAGCAGUAGGCAAUGCCUUUGAGAUGGUUACAUUUGGUGCAGGGGCUAAAAUUGCCACAAGAUUAAAAUCAAUGUAAAUAAGGCUCAACAUUUUUUGUGAUUGUUACUGUAAUAUCCAGCCUAUACUGCUAGCAGCUGUUUUUACUGCAGUCAAUUACUGGACGUGGAUAUAUUUCCUAUGCAAAACUGUUUAAACAAUAAAAUGAGCUAUGCUACAAAAAUG